AUGGGCUUCCGACUUCGACCUCCAAAGCAGAGCCAAAGGGUCCUCCCUGUGAAGCCUCCAAAGGGGCACUUCUUCUUCGCGGGCAGGGAAUUCGCUCGGCUCCCCUGGUGGAAGCGACGGAACAUGCGCACGCUCUAUAUUUUCAUCGUCAUUCUCAUUCUCACCAAUACGGCCAAUGGCUUUGACGGCUCGAUGAUGAACGGACUACAGUCCCUGUCCUAUUGGCAGAAUUAUUUUAACCAUCCCCGCGGCUCUAUUCUCGGUCUCUUCAAUGCCUCUAUGAGUCUCGGCUCUUUGAUCGGUCUCUUCAUCGUCCCAUACCUGAUCGACUGGGCAGGCCGAAAGAUUGGGCUGGUUAUUGGCUGCCUGAUCAUGUUACUCGCUGUCGGGCUGCAGUCCGGGGCCAGGAAUUUCGGCAUGUUCGUCGCGGCCCGGAUUAUCCUCGGUUUUGGAGACUGUAUCGUUCUGGGAAGUGCGCCUCUCUUGAUUGCUGAGGUUGCUCAUCCUCAAGAUCGGGCCAUCCUUGUCACGCUCAGCGGAGCGUCGUACCAUUCGGGAGCAUUCAUAGCCAGCUGGGUGACCCUUGGAACUCUACAGAUCUCGAGUGACUGGUCAUGGCGAUUGCCGAGCUUACUACAAGCCAUCUGCACCGUAGUCAUUAUUGCCGGCAUCUGGUGGAUGCCCGAAAGCCCUCGUUGGCUGAUGAACAAGGGACGACAUGAAGAGGCUCUAGAGAUCCUGGUAAAGUACCAUGCCGAAGGUGAUCACAAUGAUGAGUUUGUGAAGCUUGAGUACUCGGAAAUCAAAGCAGCUAUCGCCCUGGACAAAGAAAUCGGCCACACUGGCUGGGCAGACUUUUUGAGGUCCAAGGGAAAUCGCAAGCGGAUUGCUUUGAUUACGGCGCUUGGUCUCUUUAGUCAAUGGAGCGGGAAUGGCCUCAUCUCCUACUACCUCAAAUAUGUCAUGGAUAGCGUCGGAAUCAAAGACCCCCAGACUCAGCUCGGUAUCAAUGCAGGCAUGAAGACCGAGGGGUUGGUCGUCAAUUUUGUCUUUGCCUUUUUCAUCGACAUACUCGGUCGACGACCAGUCUAUCUGGUCUCGACGAUUGGGACAUUCGUCGUCUUCAACGCCUGGACCAUUGUAUCAGCGCGGUAUGAGAUCGCACCAAACAAAGCGCUCGGCUAUGCGUUUGUGUUCCUCACGUUCCUGUACGGAGUCUUCUAUGAUAUCAAGUCCGGCCUUAUGGCGAACUAUACAACGGAGAUCCUCCCUUAUGGACUUCGUGCCAAAGGCUACACCUGGCUCAACUUCUGCGUCACCGCUGCUCUCUUCUUCAAUCAGUACAUUAAUGGCAUCGCCCUUGAUGCCUUGGCUUGGAAGUACUACAUUGUGUACUGUGUGUUCUUGGGAUUCGAAGUGUUCGUGAUUUACUCCUUCCUCAUUGAAACCCGAUACACCCCUAUGGAGGAAAUUGCCAAGUAUUUCGACGGCGAGGACGCGGUUGAUGUUGGCCAAGUUGCUGCUGCGGACUUGAAGGAGCAGGGUCUAAUAGCAUCGGACGACAAGGGUACGGCCACCAUUCACAUUGAAGGGAAAUAG